AACAGUUCACUAGUAUUUUUUAGUACAUAAGAAUCAACUUUUUUAUUUUUCUAUCAACUGCAACGAAUCGUUGAGAAAAUGAGAGCAGCGGAAAUUUGGCUGGUAUCAUUUUACUAUCUGAUAUUGCAAAUCGUUCUCGUUUAUGGAGGAAUUAGCGAUAUCGACGAAUUUAGAGAAAUGACAUCUAAAUACAGGAAAAAAUGUAUCGGUGAGACUAAAACGACAAUUGAGGUUGUCGAAGCUACGGAAUACGGAGAAUUUCCUGAAGAUGAGAAAUUGAAAUGUUACUUCAAUUGCGUAUUUGAAAAGUUUAAUGUGAUGGAUAAGAAAAAUGGAAAGAUAAAAUAUGAUUUACUAAAAAAAAUAAUUCCAGAAGCGUUUAAAGAAAUAGGUAAAGAAAUGAUUGAUUCUUGCAGCAGUAUCGAUUCAGAUGAUAAAUGCGAAAAAUCUUUUAUGUUUAUGAAGUGUAUGUUCGAAGUCAAUCCCAUAGCAUUUAUUGCUCCGUGAUCACCAGAAAUACAGAUUGUGGAUCAUUACUAUCGUUAUUAUAAGAUAAAUUUAUGUUGGAUCCAUAUUUCAUAAAAAUAUAAUUAUUUAUGAAAAUGUGAAAUAUACGUUAGAAAC